ACAGCGCAGCCGCGACGGCGAGUGUGCGGUGGAGCUGCAGCGAGCCGCGUCAUUGUUCAAUCCACGGCUCGCCCAAAUGAUCAAUGACCUCAACGGCGAGGUAGGAUCGUCGGUCUUCAUUGCAGCUAAUACUCAGCGAAUGCACAUGGAUUUCAUCAGCGACCCCCAAGCCUAUGGAUUUGUGACAUCGAAGAUAGCAUGUUGCGGCCAGGGACCGUACAACGGGAUAGGGCUGUGCACACCGGCAUCGAACCUGUGUCCGAACAGAGAUCUCUACGCCUUUUGGGACCCUUUCCACCCUUCCGAGAAAGCAAAUCGGAUCAUUGCUCGUCAGAUUCUCACUGGCUCCCCUCAGUAUAUGCACCCUAUGAACCUAAGCUCCAUCCUCACCCUUGAUUCCAUGACCUAAUCCUCCGAAUCGAACGGUUCUGUUGCUCUGCGUGUGUGUGUGUGUGU